AUGGGGCGGACAGUAUUCGAUGUUUUGACGCUGGUUUAUCUUGUGUGCCAGUUUGGUGGCACCCUGGGUGCGCCCGACAAUCGUGGUACAGAGUUUAUCAUCGGAUAUAUGCAGAACAUUGCUCAGAGCAUGAAUGUUGAGCUCUUCGUAACAACGAUGCGCACGACAACAGUAAAUGUUCAGGUGACUGCUCCAAGAUACAGUUCGGCGGGAAUUAACGAGGCCUUCACUGUAACAGCAGGAACUGUUAAACAACUGUUCUUUAACCCCAGUAUCCGUCUGUACGGCAACGAGAUGAGUUCUAAAGCCGUCUUUGUCACUGCUGAUGAUGAGGUAGUUAUAUAUGGUGUAAACAAGGAAACAUAUUCGUGUGACGCAUUCCUGGGCCUACCGACUGACGUACUUGGAACUGAAUACUAUGCGGUCACAUAUUACCCUCCGUCCAGACAAUGCGAACUUUUAAUUGUUGGUGUGAACGACAGCACAACUGUAAAUAUAAAAGUCGGAGAUGCCAUUGGUAGUCGUUACAUCACUUGGGGAGGAACAAAUUAUUACCAAGGGAACACUCUAACCGUCACAAUGAACAGAUUUGACACAUUUCAGUUAGUCACCUACGGCGAUCUAUCUGGAACAUAUAUCACUUCUAGUAAAGCGGUGUCAGUCUUCAGUGGAAACAUGAAAACAAAUAUUGGCAGCGGAGGAAGUUCUGACCAUUUAGUCGAACAUCUUACAAAUGUUGAUACGUGGGGAAAGCGUUUUGUUACCGUUCCCGUCCCACGAAGAACUGUUGGUGAUUAUUUCAAGUUCAUAGCUAGCGAGAGCAGUACCCAAGUUACAAUUAGUGGUGGGUAUUCCACCUCAUUUUCUUUAAGUAAUGCAGGAACUGUGGUUCAGAAGACAAUCUCUUCCAAUGCACAUUGUCUUGUUGUGUCGGACAAACCAAUCCUUGUAGUACAGUUCUGUCUCAGCCAGCAGUCUUCAAAUGAAGCAUCUGAUCCUAUGAUGAUGAUUAUUCCCCCAGUGGAACAGUACGGAGCCGAUUAUACAUUUACAACACCAAAGUACUCUCUAGGUUCCUAUAGCAACUACUUCAUGUUUAUCAUAAAGGAAUCUGAUAAGUCAGGGCUUCGACUCGAUGGCAAUGCCUUUCCAUCCAAUACUGUAUAUAACACGAUUAGCGGUACCGACUAUGUAGGGGGUUACAUCAGCGUGUCCGAGGGGUCCCACACUGUACGUCACACGUCUCCCAUCUCCAUCUUCGGUGGGUACCUGUACGGUCAGGCUAACUACGAGACGUACGGUUUUACUACAGGAAUGCGUAUGGCUGGCAUUAACACGAUUUGUGUGCCGAGCACUACCGUGGUUGGAGAUGGUAUUGACAAUGACUGUGACGGUCUGAUUGAUGAAGAGUUGUGUAAUGCAGAGAAUCUGGGAAACGAUGAUGACGGUGAUGGAACGGCCGAGGAAGAUUGUGCCACACCUCCACCGAUUAACGGAGGGUGGAGUUCCUAUGGAGCGUAUGGAGCAUGCUCGAUCACCUGUCAAUCGACAACAGGUGGCGCUACCUCGGGGACCAAGACUAAGACCCGGUAUUGCAAUAAUCCUACACCCAAGUAUGACGGUCAACAAUGUUCCGGAAGUGACACAUUAACCGCCUCUUGUACCCCAUCAACCUACUGUCCAGUUCAUGGCGGCUGGGGAAGCUGGGGGUCGUAUGGAUCUUGCUCCGUGACGUGUGCAAGUGGGACGAAGACGAGGACACGGUCAUGUAAUAAUCCAACGCCAUUAUACAAUGGAAAUAACUGCAGUGGUUCCAGUACCGAUACCGCUAGUUGUACAUUGAGCCCUUGUCCAAUUGACGGCGCCUGGACGAGCUGGGCUGCCUGGAGUACCUGUACGGUCACGUGUGGAGGAGGAACGUCAACAAGAGAUCGUACGUGUACUGAUCCAUCCCCACAACAUGGCGGCGCUUCCUGCCCCGGCAAUGAUACGGCAACCAUGGACUGUAACACGCAAGUUUGUAUAAUCGAUGGCGAAUGGGCUGCAUGGAAUGCCUGGGGCACUUGUACUCUCACAUGUGGUAACGGGACGCAGUCAAGAAGUAGGAGCUGUUCUGAUCCACUGCCUCUCAAUGGUGGGCUUCAAUGUCCCGGAUCUUCCGGGGAUUUCCUUGAAUGUAACACACAAGCCUGCCCUGCCCCAAUAGCUGGAGUUUACCAACAGUUGUGCCCAGUGAACUGGUUUACCUGUGAGAGCGGUCAGAUUACCUGUAUAGAAAAGAUACUCAUGUGUGACUGUGACAGCGACUGUGACGACGGAAGUGACGAAACAGAGGGAUAUGCUGGGUGCAAUUCCUACCUGCUGCAGUCAUGUGGGAACGGAGCAAACGGUGCGCCCGACAAUCGUGGUACAGAGUUCAUUAUUGGAUACAUGCAGAACAUUGCUGAGAGCCUUAAUGUCGAACUCUUCGUCACAACAAUGAGGACAACUACAGUCAACGUGCGAAUAACUGCUGUCCUGGUAACUGCUGACGAUGAAGUGGUUAUCUACGGUGUAAACAAGGAGACAUACUCAUGUGAUGCCUUCCUUGGACUACCGACAGAUGUUAUGGGAACCGAGUACUACGCCAUGACGUACUACCCGCCGUCCAGACAGUGCGAGCUUUUAAUUGUUGGUGUGAACGACAGUACUACAGUCAACAUCAAAGUAGGGGACGCUAUUGGAAGUCGAUACAUCUCCUGGGGUGGGAGCAAUUACUAUAGGGGUAACACGCUCACUGUUACCAUGGACAGAUUUGAUACAUUUCAGUUAGUCACCUACGGCGACCUGUCUGGGACAUAUAUCACUUCUAGUAAACCGAUCUCUGUGUUCAGUGGUAACAGGAAAACAAAUAUUGGCAGUGGUGGAAGUUCUGACCAUUUGGUUGAACAUCUGACAAAUGUUGAUACAUGGGGUAAGCGCUUUGUCACCGUUCCUGUUCCAAAGAGGACUGUUGGUGACUAUUUCAAGUUCAUAGCCAGCGAGAGCAAUACCCGAGUUACAAUAAGCGGCGGUUAUUCAAAUUCAUUCACAUUAAGUAGCGCAGGGACUGUGGUUCAGAAGUCAAUCUCGUCCAAUGCACAUUGUCUUGUUGUGUCGGACAAACCAAUCCUUGUAGUACAGUUCUGUCUCAGCCAGCAGUCUUCAAAUGAAGAAUCGGAUCCUAUGAUGAUGAUUAUUCCACCAGUGGAACAGUUUGGAGCCGAUUAUACAUUUGCCACACCAAAGUACUCUCUUGGAUCUUAUAGCAACUACUUCAUGUUUAUCAUCAAGGAAUCUGAUAAGUCUGGACUCCGAGUCGAUGGCAAUGCCUUUCCAUCCAAUACUGUAUAUAACAGGAUCAGCGGUACCGACUAUGUAGGGGGUUACAUCAGCGUGUCCGAGGGGUCCCACACUGUACGUCACACGUCUCCCAUCUCCAUCUUCGGUGGGUACCUGUACGGUCAAGCCAGAUACGAGACGUACGGAUUUACUACAGGAAUGCGUAUGGCUGGCAUCAACACAGUUUGUGUGCCGACAGCUACCGUGGUAGGUGACGGUGUAGACAAUGACUGUGACGGCCUGAUUGAUGAGGAGUUGUGUACUACAGAGAAUCAGGGCAGAGAUGAUGAUGGUGAUGGAACUGCUGAAGAAGAUUGUGCGACACCUCCCCCGAUUGACGGAGGAUGGAGUUCCUAUGGAGCGUACGGAGCAUGUUCGGUCCCCUGCCAAUCGACAACAGGUGGCAGUACCUCGGGGACCAAGACGCAGACCCGGUAUUGCAAUAAUCCUACACCCAAGUAUGACGGUAAACAGUGUUCCGGAAGUGCAACCUCAACCGCCUCCUGUACCCCAACCAUCUACUGUCCUGUUCACGGCGGCUGGGGUAGUUGGGGAUCGUAUGGAUCCUGUUCAGUCACAUGUGCCAGUGGAACGAAAACAAAGACACGGCCAUGCAACAACCCUACCCCAGCACACAACGGCGAUUAUUGUAGCGGGUCCGGCUCUCAAACCACUAGCUGUACGCUGAGCUCCUGUCCAAUCGAUGGUGGCUGGGGAGCCUAUGGAAGCUGGGGAUCGUGUUCAAAAUCCUGCGGCACUGGAUCGCGCUCAAAAACAAGGCAGUGUAAUAAUCCGGCCCCAGCAAACAACGGCGCCGACUGCUCCGGAUCUACUACGAGCACUGACUCAUGUAACACGCACGCAUGUCCUAUCGAUGGUGGAUGGUCGUCUUGGGGGAGUUAUGGUUCCUGUUCUGUGACAUGCGCAGGGGGUUUGAAGUACCGGACACGUUCGUGUACAAAUCCUAGUCCACAACAUGGAGGCGCAUCCUGUGGAACGGACGACACCAGCAGUGCGACAUGUAACACAAACCCAUGUCCGAUCGAUGGUGGAUGGUCCUCUUGGGGGAGUUAUGGUUCCUGUUCAGUGACAUGCGCAGGUGGAGUGAAAUACCGAGAGCGUACAUGUACAAAUCCUAGCCCACAAUACGGAGGAGCGUCGUGUGGAAAUGAUGACACCAGUAGUGCGACCUGUAACACCCAUCACUGUCCAAUUGACGGAGUGUGGGGUUCUUGGGGAAGCUUCACAUCCUGCUCAUUAACCUGUAAAGACUACGGAACGUCACAAACCGGAACCAAGAGCCGGACCCGUUCCUGUGAUAGCCCUACCCCGCAGUAUAAUGGCGCCUACUGUCCAAAUUCGAUACGGACGUCGAUACAUGUACUACCUCCACUUACUGCCCAAGUAUUCCACGGCGGAUGGUCUGCAUGGAGCAGCUGGAAUACUUGUUCUGUCACGUGCGCUAGUGGAAUUCAGCACCGCACGAGAACAUGUACCAAUCCACCAGCCCAGUAUGGUGGCCUGACGUGCGGUGGCAGUGCCAAUGACAGCCAAGUGUGCACUCUGUCGCCUUGUCCAAUUGACGGCGCCUGGACGAGCUGGGCUGCCUGGAGUACCUGUACGGUCACGUGUGGAGGAGGAACGUCAACAAGAGAUCGUACGUGUACGGAUCCAUCCCCGCAAUAUGGCGGCGCUUCCUGUGCUGGCAAUGACACGGCAAUAAUGGACUGCAACAUGCAAGUCUGUAUAAUCGAUGGCGCUUGGGCAGCAUGGAACCAGUGGGGAACGUGUACUGUGACAUGUGGUAACGGAACACGGUCAAGAAGUAGGAGCUGUUCUGAUCCACUGCCUCUCAAUGGCGGGCUUCAAUGUCCCGGAUCGUCCGGUGAUUUCAGCGAGUGUAACACACAAGCCUGUCCUGUUCCUGUGGCUGGCGUAUACCAACAGUUGUGUCCGGUGAACUGGUUUACCUGUGAGAGUGGUCAGAUUACCUGUAUAGACAAGGCAUACAUGUGUGACUGUGACAGCGACUGUGACGACGGAAGUGACGAAACAGAGGGAUAUGCCGGGUGCAAUUCCUACCUGCUGCAGUCCUGUGGAAACGGUGCUAACAGUGUCUUGCAGUUGUCUAAGUGGCUCAUUGCGUUGGUCUUGUCCUCUAUAUUGUUGCUGAGAAAGUGACGCGAUUGCUUGUUAGACUGAUGAUAAUGAUGCCAUAGUGUUACCUGACUUUUUCCUGGGAUAAGAAGCGCAUCAAGUGAAUUAAUAUCGUCACUAGCUUGCUUAUGGAUUUUAAGGAAUUAAUGUCACAGCCGUUUCAGCUCUUUUACUGCAGACAUUUAGUUCAAUUGAGUAUUUUACCGAAUGUGAUACUCCCAGUUUAAGGCCAAAAUGUCGUCCAAUAAAACAAAACCCUUAGCGUAAGAGGUGUUUAUUUCUAAAUAGAGUUAUCAUUCAUCAUGAGUUUUUAUCAUCAAGUUACAUUCGGUGAUGAUUAUUAUUAUGUUAUUGUGCUUUAUGAUUUUCAAAUGGCAAUGUUUCAAUAGAAUGCUUCCAAUGACGUCAAUGUUCUUCUUGUAAAGCUAUGUCUUUAAUGUUCAGAAAUGCAACCCUGAUAAUUUACCUGGUUGAAUAUCAGUGAAAAAAAGAUAACAAUCCUUAAAUGUAUGACCUUGAUUCAAGGACAAACAAGGUUACAUAGGAUAGUCUCGCAGUCUGAACGCCUUCUCCACUGUCCACGUUUUGUAUGUCGUUAGAAUAUUUAAUGUCAAAAACUAUGAUUAAUCCUUUUCAAAAUCAUGAAUUA